AUGUUUACGUCUCUUGCGGCCCUCUCGCUUGCUCUAGCCGGGUUAAUCUCUGCUCAGCAGAGCAAUGGCACUUGUACUCUCAUUCCGUACGGCAAUGGACGAGAUGACUCACAACAGUUCAUGGACACCAUUAGCGCCUGUGACGUCAUCACGUUGCCUCAGCCGUAUACAUACUCUAUCCAACGGGUGCUAUACACCAAUCUGCAGGAUAAGGUCCUGAAUGUUUUGGGAACCUUGUCGUUCGACACUGAUCUUGCCUACUGGAUCAAUAACAGCUACCCCAUCGAUUUCCAGAACCAAGUCACUGCGUGGAUUGCUACGGGCAGCAAUUGGACCAUCAAUGGCGGUGGAUGGAAUGCUGGUGGAAUUGAUGGAAACGGCCAGGCUUGGUACACCCGCGCUGCUGGAUUUGGUAACCAGGCUGGUCGACCUAUUUCUUUGUCUGUCAUCAACGCUAGCGAUGCUGUGAUAAAGGAUUUCAGCAUUCGCCAGCCCCAGUUCUGGGCAUUCUACGUCGAUACGUCCAAGAACAUCACCCUUGAGGGGAUCUACGUUAACGCGACUAAUCAUGAUCCUGCUGAACCCGUCGCCAACCCAAGCAAUGGAAAUAACGGAAAUAACUGGGUCGUUAACACCGACGGCAUUGACACAUAUCGUAGCGACUCGAUCGUCAUCAAGGACUGGACUGUGCAAAACGGCGAUGACUGUAUAGCCUACAAAGGCAAUUCCACCAACAUUCAGGUCUACAAUGUAUCUUGCCAUGGAGGACAGGGUAUCGCCUUCGGCUCAUUAGGGCAGUAUCCCGAACGCGUCGACCUGGUUGAGAACAUCUACAUGUCCGAUAUCCACCUGCAGCCGUCAGUUAACAGGAUGACCGGUGCGGUGUACUUCAAAGCGUGGGUUGGCGUCAACGUGGGUGGGCCCCCGCCUAAUGGCGGUGGAGGCGGCACCGGGAUGGUGUCGAAUGUUUUGCUGGAAAACUUCAUUUUCGAGGGGGUAGACGAGCCGCUGUAUCUGCAGAGCUGCUUGACGUACUCAUCCGUUAAUGUCGCUCAGUACUGCAACACUUCUACUCUAGUCUUCCAGGAUAUUACAGUGAAGGACUUCAGUGGAACCACUUCUGGACUUAACAACGGCAGCCUUGUGGAUAUUGUCUGCUCCCCAUCCGCACCGUGCAAGAACUGGCAGUUCCUCAACUGGACCGCUACGGCACCUGGCUACACCGACGAGUACACCUGCAUCAAUACGGAGAAUGUAGGAGGGAUCCCGUGCACUUCUGCGCCUGUGUCGAUUAUUGUAUGA